GCCGACGAGGGCAAUGAGGAAGGGGAGAAGGAGGAGGAGGAGGAGGAGGAGGAGGAGGAGCGGGACGAAUGCGACGAGGGCUCGAUAGAUUCGUUACCUGGGUAGGAGAGGAAGAGGACGUGGACGACGAGGGCGAUGAGGAAGGGGAGGAGUACGACCUGGAGGAGGAGGGCGACAAGGGCAACAAGGAAGGGAAGGAGGAGGAGGAGGGCGACGAGGGUGACGAGGAAGGGGAGGAGGAGGAGGAGGAGGAGGAGAGCCACGAGGAAGGGGAGGAGGAGAAGGGCGACGAGGGCGACAAGGGCGACGAGGAAAGAGAGGAGGAGGAGGAGCAGGAGGAGGAGAAGGAGGACGACGACGAGAGGAGGAGGAGGAGAAGGACGAGUGGGAGAAGAGGAGAAGCAUACAGAGGAGGCAGUAAGGAGGAUGAAAGGGAGGUCGAGGCCGAUGAUACUCACCGGGCGAUGGCGGCAACUCCUCCCUCACAAGGCAGCACGACAGAACGACAGCACUUCAGCAUGGGGCGGCACUUGAGAAUGGCGGCAGCUCCUUGAAAUGGCAACAACACUCCUCGCUGGAAUGGCAGUGGCCGACCAGAAAUAUACCCAACAGGCCCAGCCAAGCCCACC